CGGCACUCGCCUCUUUAGUUUGGUUAUGCUAAAAAGAACAGCGUCCAGAGGCCAGGUGACUCGCAUCGUUGUCAAGAAUCCCCCUCACUGUUCGUCGCCUCCGAAGCGUGGAAUCAAACGGACGCAGUAUUUUAUGCAGCAAGUGUCCGGACGCAUGGUGCUUGUCUUUGUGGGCCAGGUUUUGCGAGGCUCCGUCUCAUUCCGGGCUCAAAACCACCUGGGACUAGUGUAUUUCAGAUUUGGAGUCGGUAACGGUGUAGUAAUAAUCCCUGGUAAUAACUUAUCUGUUACCUGUAGCAUUUUGGGUGAUUAGUGCUGUUCUAUCUUAAACUCGAGCGUGUAUAUUUUUGCUAAAACCCGCCAUUGGCCAGAAUGUUGCUCGAACACCCAGGCUCGAGCUGUCAAAAUCCUGGAAAUUACUCAAGAUACAGUUCAAGUCAAGAAAUCCCUGUGUGUGCUGGCUGCAAUCAGCACAUCGUGGACCGCUUCAUCCUGAAGGUGCUGGACCGCCACUGGCACAGCAAGUGCCUCAAGUGCAGCGACUGCCAGUCUCCGCUGGCCGACAAGUGCUUCAGCCGGGGAGACAGCGUCUACUGCAAGGAAGACUUCUUCAAGAGAUUUGGAACCAAAUGUGCAGCAUGCCAGCAGGGUAUUCCUCCGACGCAGGUGGUGCGCCGAGCACAGGACUUCGUCUAUCACCUGCACUGCUUCGCCUGCAUCGUGUGCAAACGGCAGCUGGCGACGGGGGACGAGUACUACCUGAUGGAGGAUAGCAGGCUCGUGUGCAAAGCGGACUACGAAACCGCCAAGCAAAGGGAAGCUGAUUCCACUGCCAAAAGGCCUCGCACCACGAUCACGGCCAAACAACUAGAGACGCUGAAAAACGCCUAUAAUAAUUCCCCCAAACCGGCACGCCACGUGCGAGAGCAGCUGUCGUCCGAGACGGGCCUGGAUAUGAGAGUGGUGCAGGUGUGGUUCCAAAACAGGCGAGCGAAGGAAAAACGUCUGAAGAAGGAUGCCGGACGCCAGAGGUGGGGUCAGUACUUCCGCAACAUGAAGCGCUCGAGGGGCAGCUCCAAAUCUGACAAGGACAGCAUUCAGGAGGAGGGCAUGGACAGUGACGCAGAUGUGUCUUUCACAGAUGAGCCGCCCAUGUCGGACCUGAGCCACUCCAACGGUCUCUACGGCAGCCUGAGCGAGGCGUCCCCGGCCAUGGGCCGCCCGGCAGGCUCGCACCCCUCCUUCCCCCUGGAGCACGGUGGCGUCCUCGCGUCCCAGGAGUCCUACCACGACAUCCGCGCCGGCAGCCCCUACGGCCUCCCCCAGUCGCCCGGCUCGCUGCAGGCUCUGCCACCCCGCCACCAGCCCCUCAUCUCGGGGCUGGUGUACCCGGACUCCGGGCUGCCCAUGGUGGGUCAGGGUGGGCCCCCGGGCAUCAUGGGGCAGGCGGGGGGCAGGCUCAUGGGCAGCGCCAACGGGCCCAGCUCUGACCUGUCGACGGGCAGCAGCGGCGGCUACCCAGACUUCCCCGCCAGUCCCGCGUCCUGGCUGGACGAGGUGGACCACGCGCAGUUCUGACGCGCAGACGAGAUGAGCGCCGCCGUCGCCGAGGAGUGACCUUGUCCGAGAACAAGGGGGCUCUCACGUCGAGAAGAAGAGAAACGAAAAGCAAACAAACAAACUAAACCAGUAAAUGUGUUGAAUCUGUAUUCCCAUCCAUCUGCAUGGACUAAAGAGGCAGACCGGACGAGCCCCCAGAACGAGCAUCGAGGAGCGGACCGGACGAGCCCCCAGAACGAGCAUCGAGGAGCGGACCGGACGAGCCCCCAGAACGAGCAUCGAGGAGC